UUGUGUUUUAUUUUUCCCUUUCUUUCUAGAUCUCCCAAUUACUUACUGCAUGUUUCAAAUAUGUUCUCGAUCACACCCCGUAGGCGGUGAGCAGCAGCGAGCCGGGGGGUCACGGGACGCAGUGAUUUUUCCGCUGGGGAAAAAAAGUUGCCGCGGGGCAUUUAUCACCUUUUGUCUGACUCUGGGGUUUGAUUCUCCUCAGUCCUUAGAAUUCUUCAAUUGUCCUAUUCACCGGUCCUGGUUUAAACAAACCUGUCUCUUUUGAUUAACGCAUUUUCUGUACCCGGUCGACAAUUGACCUCGACACACCAUGGCUGCCAACUCCAUCAAGCUCCUGACUGGUAACAGUCAUCCUGAGCUUGCGAAUCUUGUGGCUGAUCGCCUCGGUAUUGAACUGACCAAGAUUAUGGUCCUCCAAUACUCCAACCAGGAAACGAGCGUGACCAUUGGUGAAAGUGUACGAGAUGAGGAUGUUUUCAUUCUGCAGUCUACUAAGCCCAACGACAUAAAUGACGGCCUGAUGGAGCUGCUCAUUAUGAUCAAUGCUUGCAAAACAGCUUCUGCGAGACGUAUCACAGCUGUUAUCCCCAAUUUCCCAUAUGCUCGUCAAGAUAAGAAGGACAAGAGCCGUGCGCCUAUCACUGCAAAGCUUAUGGCCAACAUGCUCCAAACUGCUGGUUGCAAUCAUGUUAUCACUAUGGACCUUCAUGCCAGCCAAAUCCAAGGCUUUUUCAACGUUCCGGUUGACAACCUGUACGCCGAACCCAGCAUUCUUAAGUGGAUCCGGGAGAAUCUGGAUGUGAGCAACUGUAUCAUCGUCAGCCCAGAUGCUGGUGGUGCGAAGCGUGCUACCGCUAUUGCUGACCGUCUCGACCUGCAAUUCGCACUUAUCCACAAAGAACGCCCUCGCCCGAACGAGGUCUCCCGCAUGGUUCUCGUCGGCAAUGUUCAGGAUAAGGUUGCCAUCAUCGUGGAUGACAUGGCUGACACAUGCGGAACUCUGGCCAAGGCUGCCGAUACUGUAAUGCAGCACGGGGCUAAGGAGGUGAACGCGAUCGUUGUUCACGGUAUUCUUUCCGGCAAGGCCAUUGAAAACAUCAACAAGAGCUGCCUAAAGCGUCUUGUCGUUACCAACACUGUUCCUCACCAAGAAAAGAAAGAGCAGUGCGACAAGAUCGAGACAAUCGAUAUCAGCCCUACUCUUGCCGAGGCCUGCAGACGUACGCAUAAUGGCGAGUCCGUGAGUUUCUUGUUCUCCCACGCUGUCGCCUAAGGAGCUACACUGGGUGAGGACAAUUGAAAGGGGUCUUUCACCGGGAC